GAAAUGCAGUCAGUGUGUCUGAAUUUCCCAUUGGGUUAUGUUCUCGUCUUGUUGCCUGCUAAAAUAAGCAGUUACCGUCGAGAUCAUCAUGAAUGAGAUUGCGCAAAUGCGCAAUGCUUACCUAGGUAGGUACCUACCUGGGUAGGCAGGAUGCCAUCCGUUCUUGUGGCUUCUACGUGACGUGGAAGUGCGGCUGGCUACCUGGUUACCUUGCCUCAGGGCAGGUACGAUACAAGUAUCUGAGCCGGGCAGGCUUUUAGUUGCUGUUCAUGUAUCCAUAUUUAAAUCACCAAUCCCGUUCCCACGACGUCCUCAAUAUCCUUUACCUGUCGUCCCUCAAACUCCGAUCUGUAUGUCAUCCACACCCACCACAAGUAUCACGUCUGUGUGAAUACUGAGUACUCUCCACCGCCCAACCCUAUUUUUUCCAGGUUUCCCAUUAGUCGGCCAUCUUAGUUUUAUCACCUCUCUAGUAGCCAGCCCUCCGACACCAGAGACACACACUCCCAUUGUUCCCGUUGACCGCAUGAUGACACUCAAUUCUACACUACGCACUUGCGGCUGAACGCUUCAGGCUCAAAAGCGAUGAGAACUUCACCGCUCCUCGUUGUUAGACCACUAGACUUAAGAAGUCCAUACAAUUCUUUUUAUCGAGUUACUUCCCACCUCUCUUCUAUCGACUCCUUCGGUGGUUCAGUCCUUGCUCCCGGCAUAGCCUUUCAACUGCCCCCAACGUCUUACUUCUCCUCCGCCUGUUUCCGCCAGCUAGGUGGUGACGACCAAAGCAUGGUCAAAGGCUCCGAGGACAAGUUAAAGUCAUACUUUGCGCAACCAUCUGGCCGGCAGCGCCGACGAGACGGUCCAUCGCCGUCGGAGUCGCAGGCCAGGUCCACAGUCAAUAGGUCACCCGUUGCGUCUCUCAACUCAGACACAGGCGGUCCGAAUGUGGGCUCCAGCAAAGCAGCAAGCUCUUCAUCUCAACGAAGCUCCGCAAGUCCUCACAAGUCACGAAGCGCUUUGAGCACUCUUGCAAAAGUAGCGUCGCAGUCAAGAAGUCAGAAUGAGGAGUUUGAAGCUUUCAGCGACCAUGAUUCCGACUGCUCAAGCAGCAGUCAAUCCACAUGCAUCUCUAGCGCAAGCUCCAAUACUUCUGUAGGCUCCAUAUAUCCUGAAAGGAUGUGGAAGCAGAAGAAGAAAGAGCUUGUCGACAAGCUCAUGGUGCACUUCUUCGCAUACUUUAGGCCUUGGAUCGAGGAUAAGUUUGGUAUUGAAUCCUGCAGCGAUGGCGAGCAUGAUGGUGGAAGUCGUCAGCAAAACUCGCAGUCGGCAGGGCAGGGUGGGAAGAGCACCAACAGUACGUCCACAACCAGCCGCAAAAGACAACAGAGGCAUUAUCAUGACGAAGAUGAUGAGAUGAAUCCGAGCGACGAAGAUGACGGCAAAGGAGACGGUAGAAAACGUAACACGAAAAGGGCCAGGCAAGACAGUGGGAAAUCCCAUCAGCGACGAUUCGCAUGUCCUUAUUACAAGCACGAUCCACAAUCCUUCUCCAGCAGCAGGACCUGUCGAUCCCCUGGCUAUGACACCAUACACAGGCUGAAAGAACAUCUAAAGAGGAAGCAUUUAAAGCCACCGUAUCAUUGCAAUAGGUGCCUCGAGAACCUGGAAUCAGAACAAGCGCUUGAGAAUCACCAACGAUUGGACAUUCCUUGCGUCAAGAGAAUGCCGACGAAGGACACGCGUCUGUCCAGGACGCAGCUUCAAGCCAUCGAAGCCAGGAAACCGACUCUGCUUACAGAGCACGAGCGAUGGGAGAAAAUAUAUGGCACGAUAUUUCCUGGAGAGCCACUGCCUAAAAGCCCAUACUGCCAUGGGGAGCUUACAGAGCUCCAGAAUCUGGGCGAGUUCUUGGACAAAGAACUUCCCCCUCUUUACCGUAAUCUCCUAGUGACGGCAGUUGAUCAGGUUAUGGGAGAUAUGGAGACUGGACUCAAAUGCCAGCUGGUCGAUAAAGUGCCAUCGCUUUUGAAGAAGCUCGUUGAAGCGUAUUGCAAUCAAAAUUCCCUCGGCAAGCAACACCAUCGCGACAGUGACAGCAAUGUCCCCCUAGCAAGAUCCUGUCGCGAUAGCAACGCCAACAUCCAUGCCACCGCCGACUGCUACGAUUUGAUCAAGGAUCACAGCCCGCAGCCCACCUCAACGACAUCAUCAUCCCCAGAGCACCAUCAGUCGAAUAUUGAUCUUGAUCCUUUCGAUACCGACCUGCUAGAUGGGGUUGACAGCAACCAGUUAUUCAACAACCUGAUGAACGAGAUUGGCGACGUUAUUGAUGGCAGUGAUUGGGAUCAUCUCCCUGGUUUGUAUGCCAACAAUGGCGGUGGUGGUCCCCACUGAUGGGUGGUCAUUUUGGCAGGAUUUUUUGUCUAGGUUCUUAUGUCAGUAGGGGAGAUCUAUACAGUCUUUACCUAAGAAUAUCGUUUUUCUUCUCUUUUUCUUCUUUUCUCCUUCUUUGCUUUAUCCAUUAUAUUCCAAGGGGUUUCGUUGGCCGCUCGCUUUUCUCAGAUGCUUCAAAAGAUUUUAUGUUUGACCACACCAUGGCACCCUGACUUGAUCUUUGGCUUGAUGAAGAGCAAACUUGACGCAACGAGGCGCGCUGACACUGAAAGCAGCCACAGAUGCCUCUAGGCAUGUCAAAGCUAGCUUCAAAGAUACAUGAGCCAAUAGAAACGCAUGCUUAUCUGCCUUUAUUCUAUUCCAACUGGGCCGAGACA